UGCAGUCCGUUCUAGACGCUGCCAUCUCCUCUCUCUAGCAGCUCUGGAAAGUUCGCGGAGUCGCGUCAGUUUCCAGCGGCGGGCCGAACGUUAUAUAAACGCCUGUCGAGGCUUGUCUGCGGACUCAGAAACUACAUUUAACAAGCACGAACCGUCAAAGUCGCGCUGUGGAGCACCAAAUCCAUUCCUGAUAGCGAAAUAAAUUCCGUUUAGCCCUGCAGACGUCGAGUCUCCAGUGAUUGUUGUGAAGGAAAGACCUGAGAGACGCUCUGUGAGGAGAGGGGAUCUAUUCUUUGGGCUGUUUCGAAGGAAAUAUUCAUAUUAAAUCAAAGAUGACCGCAGAAGAGGUGGUGAAUGAAGGCUGUAGCAUCCCCAUGGAGGGUGAAGACAUCACCCCGAAGAAAGAUGGAGGUGUUUUAAAGAUGGUCAAGAAGGAGGGUACAGGAACCGAGUUGCCUAUGACCGGUGAUAAAGUAUUUGUACACUAUGUCGGAACGCUGCUUGAUGGCACGCAGUUCGACUCCAGCCGUGAUCGAGGAGAGAAGUUCUCCUUUGAGCUGGGCAAAGGUCAGGUGAUCAAAGCCUGGGACAUCGGUGUGGCCACGAUGAAGAUUGGUGAGAUCUGCCAAUUGAUUUGCAAACCUGAGUAUGCCUAUGGAGCUGCUGGCAGCCCACCCAAAAUCCCACCUAACGCUACCCUUGUGUUUCAGGUGGAGUUGUUUGAGUUUCGUGGGGAGGACAUCACAGAUGAGGAAGAUGGUGGAAUAAUUCGCAGGAUUAUCACUAAGGGGGAGGGUUACACAAAGCCUAACGAGGGUGCAUCUGUGGAAGUGUGGUUGGAGGGCAGUCACGAGGAGCGUGUUUUCGAUGAGCGUGAGCUAAAGUUUGAGGUGGGAGAUGGAGAGAGUUUGGGUCUGCCUCCAGGUGUGGAGAAAGCCCUGCAGGCUAUGGAGCAGGGAGAAGAAGCACUCUUCACCAUCAAACCAAAGUAUGGCUUUGGAGCUUCUGGCAGUGACAAAUUCAACAUUCCACCUAAUGCUACGCUGCAGUACAAAAUCAUACUGAAAGCAUUUGAGAAGGCCAAAGAAUCCUGGGAGAUGAACGCGACUGAGAAACUAGAACAGAGUGUCAUCGUCAAAGAGAAAGGAACUCAGUAUUUUAAGGAGGGGAAAUACAAGCAGGCAUCCAUGCAGUACAAGCGCAUUGUGUCCUGGUUGGAGCACGAGUCCAGUAUGCUGCCUGACGAGGAAGAGAAAGCCAAAACUCUGCGAUUGGCUGCUCAUCUCAACCUAGCUAUGUGUUACCUAAAGCUGCACGAGCCAAACCCUGCCCUAGAGAACUGUGACAAGGCACUGGAGCUGGAUGCAAAUAACGAGAAGGCGUUGUUUAGGCGAGGAGAAGCACUGGUUGUCAUGAAGGAGUUCGACAAGGCGAGAGCAGACUUCCAGCGCGUUGCUCAGUUGUAUCCAGCCAAUAAGGCUGCGAAGAGUCAGAUCAUGCUCUGCCAGAAACAUAUCAAAGAGCAACACGAGAAGGACAAACGCCUCUAUGCCAACAUGUUCCAGAAGUUUGCAGAGAGAGACGCCAAAAAAGAGGCGGAGCAAGAAAAGGAACAGGACAAGAAAGAAAACGGUAGUGCAAUGGAAAUAGAUGAAAAUGGAGCCCAGGAACAAACCGCAGCAUAAUAGCGUGCUUGCGUGUGCGUUUGUAUUAUUUACUGUCUUUUGUGUUAUGUUGGGUUUUUUUUGUUGUUUUUUUUUAAAGAGGUUUUUUUUUUUUUUUUUUUUUUUUUUUUGUACCUUCUAUAAUAUCUGUCCCCCUGAAGCGACUGUGUUUGUGCGAGUGAGGACGCGUACUUGCUUCGAUUUCUAAUCUAAUGUAGCAAGUGGUUUGCUUUUGUACCGCGGCCAGAUCCUUGCGGCCAGGUGUGCACUUGCGUAUGAUUGCACAUGUAUAUGAAUGUUUAUGUGUGAUACUGUAAGGCAGCUAGUCGGCUUGGCCGUGUUCAUUGCUGCAUCUCUCCGAGAGAUGGUGGAAAUAAAGCGGACUGGCUCUCAGCCUGUAGCCUGUACCGCAGCCUCUCGCGUCGGCAGCAAAUCCGUCGCUGAUCCUUAGAAACUUUUGAGUCGCACUGCUGUAAAAUAAAGCGCUUUUCUGUCCUGUCACUAAACUUUACUGAAAGUGCAUGAAAGGGCAAAAAAGACUGUUUUGAUUUCUUUGAUUUUGUAAACAUGAUUUGUUUUUUCCUUUUUUAAGAAGAUCUUUCCACUGUUAAAAUUCUUCACGUUUAAUGUUUCACAACUGGAAGCAUUUUGAUCUCUGCUGAAGUCUUACAAGCAUUUUAGAGGAGAAACAACGCACCUUUCCUGUGAAGAAUCAUCUAGUUUCUGCUUCACUCAUUUUUUGUGUGCAGCCUUUUCGGUGAGAUUGUUCUAGUGGAUAUUAUCAAUAUGAGGCUUUGCCAUUUUAAAAUGCAAAGCGAGAACAUGAACUUAGACCUACAGUCUCUUUGUUUUUGCAGUUUUGUCCCUUGUCUCUUCAUCAUCUUGUGGACAAGAUUUCCCCAUGAUUUCUCCAUAAUCGCGCUCGCACACUGUAAUCUGAUGGUGAACUGUCAUGGCAGAAGAGGGCUCCGUGUGAGCUCGAGCAGGACAGAAGUACUGUCGUGUGGUUUGCGUGGGUUAAAGCGAGGCAUACAGAUAGUUCUGUUCCCAUGUCCUUGAUGCACCUCUGAUGUUUACUAGAACAAUAAAACAAACUCAAGAUCC